ACUCUCAAAGCGGUGGAAGUCAAAUUUCGUCUGCCGGGUAAAGAUUAUUUUAGGUACCUAUACAAAAUAUUCUGUUGAGAUUGGAUUUCUAUAUGCCCAAUUAAAUAUUAGUUUUUAAAGUCUCAUGUUCUGAAGAGAUCGUUAAUACGAUCAUUGCAUCUAUGAGCUCCCUAUGACGAAAUUUAAUCGUCCAACUGACAGCCUACUAUUACGCAGUUUUUUCUGGGUUCGUGGUUGUCAUGGCGUACUGUGACUAGUGCUAAAAUCGAUUGAACUAAACAUGGCCAACUUUUUUCGCUCCCGCAGCACAGACGAAUGCAGUUUCUGCACCCACCAGUGUACCGGGCCGUUCCGCCACAUUCUAACUGUUUCCCGGGAGAAUUAUGAAGGAUUAAGAGCGGUAUUACUGGAACUAAAUGAUGAUUCCUCACCGAUACCGGAUGGUCAAGGUUACCAAACGUGCGACAAAUGUCGACGCCGGAUAAUUUCUUCGUAUUGCAUUCCGGAAAGUUUCUUCCAAAUUAUGCCCAGUUCGGAAAUGGUCAGCAUCAAGGUGGAACAAGAAGUGGAUUUCGAUGAAUUACGGAAGGGCAGUGCGGAAGAGGAUGAAAUGGACGAUGAGCUGCUACCGCUUGUGCCGGAGACGGUAUUGCAAGUCGAUGAGAAUGACGAGGGAGAUUUCACGUUCAAUGGUUUGGAUGAUCGGUUAACCGUGGAGGACUGUCACGGUGGCUUUCAAAUAGAACAGGAGCAAAGCUGUUCCAGCAAGAAUUCCAGCGGUAGAACAAAGCGCAGGAAACGAGAAAAAGCAGAAGCAGGAACUUUUGGUGUCAAGAUCAAGAAAAAUCGGGCUUCUCCUAUUCGGCAUAGGUGCCCGUUUUGCAAUAAAGGGUUUUCGGAUAAAUGUGUAAUGACAACGCAUAUCAGAUGGCACACAGGCGAGAAACCAUUCAAAUGUGAGCAUUGUGGCAAAGGGUUUACUGAAAACUCGAAACUCACUCUCCAUAUGAGAACUCACACAGGUGAACGUCCCUAUGUGUGCCCCUACUGCUCCAAAGGCUUCACCCAGUCCAUAACACUGAAGAUCCACAUUAGGAUACACACCCGGGAAACGCCAUAUGUGUGUGAAAUAUGCGAACGCGGAUUCACCCAAUCGUACAGUUUGACUCUGCAUCUUCGCAACCAGCACAACCAGGUCACGUUCUACCGGGGUCGCGAGGUAGGAGUCAAUUCGGAGCAUAAAUGCGAAUACUGCGGAAAAACCUACCGUUCGUUGAAAAGCUUUCAGUUGCACGUAAAACUACACAGUGCUGGGAAGCUGUUCGAUUGCGAAACGUGCGGUAAGAAGUACACUUUUAUGCACAAGUGCAAGAAGGCUCGACGGACGGGCGAUUCCACGGUGUACCCGUGCCAAAUUUGUGGCCAGGAGUUCAAGCACCAACAGAGCGUGGUGUACCACAUGAGCAGUAAGCACAAUCAGUUUGAGGAGCUCCCUGAAGAUCGGGAGCAGAAAUUUGUGUGCAGCUGAAUGCUGAGAUUUAAAACUUUAUAUCCCUAAUACUACAGUCGAUGCUCACUUUCAAAAGUUUAUUCUUUCUUUUAACUUUUUGAAAUAUAAACACAAAUGUGGAACGCAA